AUGAGCAUGGUCAGUAACUUCAUUUCCCAAGGCUGCUGGAAUGAACCUCUAGUCCGACAAUGGUUCCAGGAAGAUGAUGCUAAACGCAUACUCAAUAUCACUCUUCCUAACACACCUUGUGAAGACACAUGGCUCUGGCUCCCGGAGAACAAUGGGCGCUUCUCCAUUAAAUCGGCCUAUAAGUUGAUCAAGAACUUGGAUUCUAUGGCGCAUGGAGACAGGAAAUGGAGAUUAAUUUGGGGAGCCAAGAUCCACGAGAGAUUGAAAAUGUUAUGGUGGAAAAUUCUUGCUAAUGGUCUUACCACCAAAGAUAGAUUGAGUCUUUUUAUCCCCUCAAUUGACUCUAGCUGCUCCCUUUGCCGUGGCGAGAUGGAAACUUCAAUGCAUCUAUUUUGGAGCUGCAAUUUCGCUAGAGCAGUCUGGUUUGGUUGCUGCUGGCAGUUCCGAACUACCACGAACCACUUUGAUUGCUGGGAAAGUUGGCUCGAUUGGUUCUCGAUGGAACCCCAUAGACCACAGUCAAUCCAACUUAACCUGUUCCUAGGAGGGGCUGCUGUAAUCUUUGAGAGUAUAUGGCGCGAGAGGAAUAACAUUUCUCAUGGAGGCUCUGCUACUCCCAUUGGUUCCAUCCUCCAGCAUAUAAAUACAAGAAUUGGCGAGAUCUUGGAGGACUUAAGGCCUCAGGUUGCGGAGUUGAAAGCGUGGCUCCCCCCACCUCCGGGCUGGGUUAUGUGCAAUUCGGACGUCUCCAUUAGCAACUCCCAAGCAGCCGGAGCUGUUGUGUUCAGAAAUGAAGCUGGUGUCUUCAUUAACUGCAUCACCUUCCGCCUCACUGUCUGCGAUCCGCUUCUCGGAGAGACAAUGACGAUCUGCAAGGGAGCGGAGGAGGCAAUUAAGCAGGGAUUCCGGAAAGUUAUCUUCCAAAGCGAUUGCUGCAAUUCAGUUUCGGCUCUGAAGGCUAAGAUGCAGGACAUUGGAUCACUCAACUUCAACAUUCAGGAGCUGGUACUAAACUUCAAUCGUUUAAAGGACAGCUUCACUCACUCGGAAGUCUCUUGGAUCCCCAGGAACUUCAAUGGUGUGGCCGAUUCAGUGGCCAAAUGGGCGAAUCUCAACAACUCUUUUGGGCGUUUUGAUUUGUCCCUCGAGAAUAGUCCCUUACGCUCGGUUCUCUCUGAGCUUGAUGACUUGAAUUCUCCCUAUCCUUAUUCUAAUUGUUAG